AUGUGUGCCCAGGCAGCGGACACAGCAGUAGCGUGCCCCACAGGAAAUGCAGGUGUAGGGAGACGGGAAGCCACACACGGCACAGAAGUGGCGCUGCGGCAGUUUGGAGGGCUCGGCACAGGCAGUCAGGUAGUUAGGUCCCUCAUUCCCACUUAGUUCCUACAGGGAGCAGGUGGGAUAGGGAAGGAAACUGAGAAGGAUUGUGAAGAGAAGGAGCAGAUGAUUGAAGAGAGGGGAGGAAAGCAGAGCUGCAGAGGUGCCUGACUUAUGGACCUCACCUCUUCCUCCAGUACAGCCUGGAAGUUCUUCCGAAAUCUCAAUUUGAAAUGAUCUCCUCUUGUCUUCUUCCUCUUCUUGCCUGAUGACAUGAGUUGAGUGAGCCAUAAAUAGACAGAGCAAUCAUUGCAAAACGUAUUGGAUUUUGGAUUAUUAGUAAUAUUAUAAUCAGGUCUACAUCACUGAUCAGAUUAUGUUUGCUUUACCAGACUCAUUGCUGUCAUCAAACUGAGGGAGCCUCUUGGCCAGCUGGGGUAGGCUGGCAUGAGGAUCAUCCUGGAAAUUGUCCUUUUCAAGUGCCUCUAGUUGUCUGGUUAAGCGUCGCUGGCGCGUAGCGCAGUCCAAAACACGCCGCUGGCCUGGGUCCUGGGAGCGCACUGUAUAAAAAAAAAAAAAAAAAAAAAAAAAAAAAAACGUGAUAGAAAAAAUAUAUAUAUUUGAAAAAAUAACUACUUUUGUAUGAAUUGUUGUAAUCAAUUAAGAGGACACUGUACAAUAAAUAUGUAAAGUAUUGUAAAUUAUAAUGGUGGGUUUUGAAUUUGCCCCGGACCGUUGAGAUGCGCGCGGAGGAUGAGCGAUAUACCGUUUUUCUUGGCAUUGUGAUAGCUAAUUGGAGAGCGUGCUAAUGGAAUCUCAUUAGUGUAGCCUACGGACGUGCUACUAGUAAUACUUUUUUUCUUGCAAUUUAUCAACAACAUUAGAGUAGAUCAAUAUGUUUAAGAAUACAAACGCCACCAAACAUUACCUGCUAUUUUCUUUUCCACCAUCGCUGCAUAAUAAUUUCACGGGUGGGCGUGAGGGACAUUUUAUUGCUGUUGGACCAUAAUGACGCGUUUUCGAUUGCAAUAAAACCUCAUUUUCAUGAGAAGAAAAACUGAUUACUGAUAUCUAUAUGUAAACAUUAUCUAUUUUCCUAAUAGCUAUCUACUGUCGUCUAAAUAUGAAAAAGACUAUAUUUAGCCUAGUCUAAAUGAUCCUACAUGACAUAGUUUACUGCAUGUGGUAAGGUGUUAAGGGACAAAAUGAAACUUUGGUUCUGGUGUUUAAUUUCUAUUCCAAGUUAUAGAGAAGCUUUGCAGGAACACAAAACACUAUUUCAUGAGGAUGUGAUUUACCAUUGCUGAGAUAUCUUAUUUUGAAAUGAUUGGAAAAGGUUGUGCAGAGGUCAGUGUUAAUCCCUAGUCAAGAAUGGCACCAAAUCACCUGUUUGGAAUGUUUUAUUCAACACGUUUUGUUCAAUAUCUCAAGAUAGGGUGGUCAUAUUGUUAUGAUGAUUCAAAUUAAAGUAAAAUGUAUUAAAUUAAAAUGCUAUAUUAUGCAAAUUACGCAUACAAAUGACAGAAUACAUAAUUAUAGCAAUUUAAGACCAAUAAUUGAAGGUAGGGUGGUCAUAUUAUGAACUAACAAAUAUUCGUGCUUUAUGCAUAACAGAGUUUGUAACAAUUUAUGAAAUUAGAAUACAACUUCUUAUACUAUGUUAUGCAAAUUAGAUAAUAUGUUACUUAGUCUGUACGGAAUUAACAAAAAAAACAGCAUGUUUAGCCAAUUAAUUUAAAGUAAGGUGGUCAUAUUAUUAACAUAUAUUGACAAGUAAGGUGCCUCCCAUGUGUGCACACACACCAGUGGUGGUAGGAGAGUACAUAUAAUUGGGAUUACGUAAUAAUGAACAAAAAGCAGGGUUACUAUUUAAGCAAUAAAGCCCGAGGGGGUGUGGUAUAUGGCCAAUAUACCACGGUUAAGGGCUGUUCUUACGCAAGACUCAAUGUGGAGUGCCUGGACACAAGAUAUAUUGGCCAUAUACAGUGCAUUCUGAAAAUAUUCAGACCACUUGACUUUUUCCACAUUUUUUUGUGUUACAGCCUUAUUCUAAAAUGGAUUGAAUAAUGUUUCUACAACUUGAUUGGAGUCCACCUGUGGUAAAUUCUAUUGAUUGGACAUGAAAGGCACACACCUGUCUAUAUAAGGUCCCACAGUUGACAGUGCAUGUCAGAGCAAAAACCAAGCCAUGAGGUCGAAGGAAUUGUCCGUAGAGCUCUGAGACAGGAUUGUGUUGAGGCACAGAUCUGGGGAAGAGUACCAAAACAUGUCUGCAGCAUUGAAGGUACCCAAGAACACAGUGGCCUCCAUCAUUCUUAAAUGGAAGAAGUUUGGAACCACCAAGACUCUUCCUAGAGCUGGCCGCCCGGCCAAACUGAGCAAUCGGGGGCGAAGGGCCUUGGUCAGGGAGCCCGAUGGUCACUCUGACAGAGCUCCAGAGUUCCUCUGUGGAGAUGGGAGAACCUUCCAGAAGGACAACCAUCUCUGCAGGACUCCACCAAUCAGGCCUUUAUGGUAGAGUGGCCAGACGGAAGCCACUCCUCAGUAAAAGGCACAUAACAUCCUGCUUGGAGUUUGCCAAAAGACACCUAAAAGACUCUCAGACCAUGAGAAACAAGAUUCUCUGGUCUGAUGAAAUCAAGAUUGAACAUUUUAGCCUGAACGCCAAAUGUCACGUCUGGAGGAAACCUGGCACCAUCCCUACGGUAAAGUCAAGGUGUCUGAAUACUUUCUGAAUGCACUGUAUAUGGCCAAUAUAUUGAACAAGUUGAGGAGACUAAAUUACUCCAUGAUACCUUAGAUUGUAAACUGUCAUGGUCAAAACAUAUAGAUUCAAUGGUUGUAAAGAUGACACCACACUCCAAAAAGCAAGUCCUGCAGGCUCGAGUUUAGUCUUAUCUUGAUUAUUGUCCAGUCAUGUGGUCGAGUGCUUCAAGGAAAGACCUAGUUAAGCUGCAGCUGGCCCAGAACAGAUCGGCACGUCUUGCUCUUCACUGUAAUCUGAUAUAAAUACUAUGCAUGCCAAUCUCUCCUGUCUAAGAGUUGAGGAGAAACUGACUGCAUCACUUCUUCUUUUUAUAAGAAACAUUAACGUGUUGAAAAUCCCAAAUUGUUUGCAUAGUCAACUUACACACACACUUACCCCACCAGAAAUGCCACCAGGGGUCUUUUCACAGUCCCCAAAUCCAGAACCAAUUCAAGAAAGCGUACAGUAUUAUAUAGAGCCAUUAUUGCAUGGAACUCCGUUCCAUCUCACAUUGCUCAAAUGAACAGCAAACCUGGUUUCAAAAAACAGACAAAACAAACACCUCACAACGCCUCUCCCCUAUUUGACGUAGAUCGUUUGUGUGUAUGUAUUGAUAUGUAGGCAACGUGUGCCUUUAAAAAAAGAUUGAUGUAGUUCUGUCCUUGAGCUGUUUUUGUCUAUUAAUGUUCUGUAUUAUGUCAUGUUUUGUGUGGACCCCAGGAAGAGUAGCUGCUGCUUUUGCAACCGCUAAUGGGGAUCCUAAUAAAAUAACAAAUACCAAAUGGUGGUUGCAGCCUCAUGCUGUGGGGAUGUUUUUCAGCAGCAGGGAGACUAGUCAGGAUCGAGGGAAAGAUGAACGGAACAAAGUACAGAGAGAUCCUUGAUGAAAACCUGCUCCAGAGCGCUCAGGACCUCAGACUGGGGCGACGAUUCACCUUCCAUCAGGACAACGACCCUAAGCACACAGCCAAGACAACGCAGGAGUGGCUUCGGGACAAGAGCUGCCCAGCCAGAGCCCAGACGUCAACCCGAUUUGACAUCUCUGGAGAGACCUGAAAAUAGCUGUGCAGCGAUGCUCCCCAUCCAACCUGACAGAGCUUGAGAGGAUCUGCAAAGAAGAAUGGGAGAAACUCCCCAAAUACAGGUGUGCCAAGCUUGUAGCAUCAUACCCAAGAAGACUCAAGGCUGUAAUCGCAGCCAAAGGUGCUUCAACAAUGUACUAAGUAAAGGGUCUGAAUACAUGUAAAUGUGAUAUUUCCGUUUUUUUAAUUGAUACAUUUGCAAACAUUUCUAAAAACCUGUUUUUUCUUUGUCAUUAUGGGGUAUUGCGUGUAGAUUGAUGAGGAAAAAAUAAUAAUUUAAUCCAUUUUAGAAUAAGGCUGUAACGUAACAAAAUGUGGAAAAAGUCAAGGGGUCUGAAUACUUUCCGAAUUCACUGUACCACAAACCCUAGUGGUGCCUUAUUGCUAUUAUAAACUGAACACCAAUGUAAUUAGAGCAGUACAAAUAAAUGUUUUGUCAUACACGUGGUAUACGGUCUGAUAUACCAUGUCUGUCAGCCAAUCAGCAUUCAGGGUUCGAACCACCCAGUUUAUAAUUACCAAUUAGUUAGGCUGUAUAUAUCACAGUUAUGUUGUAUUCAGUAGUCCAACUAAUUAGGCCUAGAGUGCCAAAUAAUACACCCAACCCUGUGCUUGUGCCACCUGAAUACACACACACACCACACAGCCCACACACACAGCAUCCCCACACACUUAUACAGCACCCCCACCACCACACACCCACACACAGCCUAACACAGACACACACUUCUCAGCAUCCCCACACACUCACACAUAGCCUAACAUAGACACACACUUCUCACUAAGUCUGGACUGUAACACAGAAGGCUACUAGUCUAAUAACAUACAGUGGGGAAAAAAAGUAUUUAGUCAGCCACCAAUUGUGCAAGUUCUCCCACUUAAAAAGAUGAGAGAGGCCUGUAAUUUUCAUCAUAGGUACACGUCAACUAUGACAGACAAAUUGAGAAUUUUCUUUCCAGAAAAUCACAUUGUAGGAUUUUUAAUGAAUUUAUUUGCAGAUUAUGGUGGAAAAUAAGUAUUUGGUCACCUACAAACAAGCAAGAUUUCUGGCUCUCACAGACCUGUAACUUCUUCUUUAAGAGGCUCCUCUGUCCUCCACUCGUUUCCUGUAUUAAUGGCAACUGUUUGAACUUGUUAUCAGUAUAAAAGACACCUGUCCACAACCUCAAACAGUCACACUCCAAACUCCACUAUGGCCAAGACCAAAGAGCUGUCAAAGGACACCAGAAACAAAAUUGUAGACCUGCACCAGGCUGGGAAGACUGAAUCUGCAAUAGGUAAGCAGCUUGGUUUGAAGAAAUCAACUGUGGGAGCAAUUAUUAGGAAAUGGAAGACAUACAAGACCACUGAUAAUCUCCCUCGAUCUGGGGCUCCACGCAGGAUCUCACCCCGUGGGGUCAAAAUGAUCACAAGAACGGUGAGCAAAAAUCCCAGAACCACACGGGGGGACCUGGAGAGAGCUGGGACCAAAGUAACAAAGCCUACCAUCAGUAACACACUACGCCGCCAGGGACUCAAAUCCUGCAGUGCCAGACGUGUCCCCCUGCUUAAGCCAGUACAUGUCCAGGCCCGUCUGAAGUUUGCUAGAGUGCAUUUGGAUGAUCCAGAAGAGGAUUGGGAGAAUGUCAUAUGGUCAGAUGAAACCAAAAUAGAACUUUUUGGUAAAAACUCAACUCGUCGUGUUUGGAGGACAAAGAAUGCUGAGUUGCAUCCAAAGAACACCAUACCUACUGUGAAGCAUGGGGGUGGAAACAUCAUGCUUUGGGGCUGUUUUUCUGCAAAGGGACCAGGACGACUGAUCCGUGUAAAGGAAAGAAUGAAUGGGGCCAUGUAUCGUGAGAUUUUGAGUGAAAACCUCCUUCCAUCAGCAAGGUCAUUAAAGAUGAAAUGUGGCUGGGUCUUUCAGCAUGACAAUGAUCCCAAACACACCGCCCGGGCAACGAAGGAGUGGCUUCGUAAGAAGCAUUUCAAGGUCCUGGAGUGGCCUAGCCAGUCUCCAGAUCUCAACCCCAUAGAAAAUCUUUGGAGGGAGUUGAAAGUCCGUGUUGCCCAGCGACAGCCCCAAAACAUCACUGCUCUAGAGGAGAUCUGCAUGGAGGAAUGGGCCAAAAUACCAGCAACAGUGUGUGAAAACCUUGUGAAGACUUACAGAAAACGUUUGACCUGUGUCAUUGCCAACAAAGGGUAUAUAACAAAGUAUUGAGAAACUUUUGUUAUUGACCAAAUACUUAUUUUCCACCAUAAUUUGCAAAUAAAUUCAUAAAAAAUCCUACAAUGUGAUUUUCUGUUGUUUUUUUUCUCAUUUUGUCUGUCAUAGUUGACGUGUACCUAUGAUGAAAAUUACAGGCCUUUCUCAUAUUUUUAAGUGGGAGAACUUGCACAAUUGGUGGCUGACUAAAUACUUGUUUUCCCCACUGUAGCUUACUUCUAAGGUAGGCCUACAGCUGAGUUGGUUUACAUUGUAAUGUUAUUUUUGGUGUUGAUGAGUUACUCUGAUGAAGGGAGGAUAAACUGCACCAUUUCCAGCAAAUAAUUAGCCUAGGCUCAGAAGAGACAGCGUGAGCUGCCUGUUAGCCAGCUGCACAGAAAGAUAGAUUGGACACAUUUUCAAUUCACUGGUAUUUAGCUAUGUUUUUAUUGAUUGUAGUGCUGUACCACUGAAUUCUGUUUAUAUGCUUAUAUAAAGUUGAUGCAAACACUUUGGUCAAAUUCCCCAAGAGUGCUUCUAAUUCAAGUUCCAUCUGACUUCCAAUGUACUAUGAUGAGGCGUAAAAGAGCUCUGUGUAGCUGUGUCAGCAUUAGGUUGCUUCCUAAAAAUAUGAUUGUUUUGCAAUAUUCCAGUAAGAAAACAGAAUGGAAACUAAUAGCUAUAAACUCAACAGAAAUGAAGGCAGAAGUUACCCCACUGGGCAAAAACUGGUUGAAUCAAUGUUGUUUCCAUAUAAUUUCAACCCAAAAAAUCUAUGUGAUGACAUCAACGUGGAAAAACUGAUUUGAUUUGCAAAAAGUCAUCAAAGGGCAUUGUCUUUUUUUCACCCAACUUUUAACCAGUGGUGUAAAGUACUUAACUAAAAAUACUUUAAAGUACUACUUAAGUCGUUUUGGGGGGUAUUUGUACUUUACUUUACUAUUUAUAUUUUUGACAACUUUUACUUUUACUCCACUACAUUCCUAAAGAAAAUAAUGUACUUUUUACUCCAUACAUUUUCCCUGACACCCAAAAGUACUCGUUACAUUUUGAAUGCUUAACGGAACUGAAAAAUUGUCCAAUUCACACUUAUCAAGAGAACAUCUCUGGUCAUCCCUACUGCCUCUGAUCUGGCGGACUCACUAAACACAAAUGCUUCAUUUGUAAAUUAUGUCUGAGUGUUGGAGUGUGCCCUUGACCAUCCGUAAAUUAAAAAACAAGAAAAUUGUGCAGUUUGCAUUGCCUAAUAGAAGUAAUUUGAAAUGACUAUAAUGACUAUAAUGGACUAUAAUGACCCCAUGCUGACCCUAACCUACUGUGCAAGUGUCCUGUGACUACUGUCCAAAGUAAGAGAUCAUUUUCUGAGGAAAUAUGGUAAGAGAAUUUAAACUUCAAGCUUCAACUUAACCCCACCCCCACAGUUCACAGAAUUCAUAAGGACUACUCAAACAUUGAACUCUUCACAAACCAAUCUCUAACAGUUGCAGCAAUCAAUGGCAGAUACAAAAGAAUUGCGCCAAGAGCUAAUCGCUAUGGAUGAAAAUGAAGAUAAAGCAUGGUGGAGACCAGGUAUAGAAAAUUACUGUAUACUAUGUAUUGAAUUGGAACCUUGUGACUGCAGGAUUGCCAAGAAAGGGGACAUAAGAUAAAGCAACAUCACCAUGUAUGGGCCAGGGGCAAAAUUAAAGUUAAUAUAUAUUUCCAGAAUCCUCUCAUGGGUACGGUCAUCUGCUGCCUGCUGGCCGGUCCCAGUGGUACCUGUGUGCAGCACUAUGUGUUACCCUCACUCUCUCCUUGUCUCUGCUUAUCCUGAUGCCCAGUCGCUGUGAGUAAUGUACAUGGUUUCUCAACAAAGGAUAUAUUAUAAAUCAGGAUAUGAGCUCUAACAAAUCCUCCUUUUAUUACCCAUAUAUAGUCUAUAUCAACAUUUCGUGAUUUAUUUACCUGUUUUAUCAUCAUGGUAAUUUUCUGUAGUUGGCAGUGUGGACAGAACAUUAUCUGAUUUGGAGAGAUCAGUGUCAAAUCUGACUGAAUCUGUGUCCCUUCACUUAUCAAAACUACAUGAGAAAGGUUGGUCCAUAUUCAAUUCCUUAUUGAUCAUUGGUUAUCUUGGACAUUGUUGCAGUGUUUAGGAAUCAGGAUAGAUUAGAUUAAAAUAUAUAGAACACCUUAUCAUCACUAUAAUAACGAUAGCAUACAUUGUUGUUAUGUAGUUAAAAACAAUAGCUACAGGAGCAUAAGUGAAAUUAGAAAAUAAUGCAAAUGUAUAACAUUAAACAACACAACAGUUCAAUUCCAUGGUCUACAAUCCAAUGGUUCAGGACAGAAGGUAUCCGACUAAACUCAACGAUUUAUGGAGUUGUGCUGCGACUAGUGUGGGCGGACUGGAGCAUCGACGUCAUAUAAAAUGCAUUUUUUAUCCAAAACGAUUGAUUUCAGCACCCAAAGCAUAGCCCACUAUUACGUGUCGCGGAACAACUACAUCGUAAAUGGUAGAGUUGAGUUUAAUCGGCAAGACAGAAGAUUACAUAAUGUUUGUGUUAUCAUCACGUCCAUUUUCUGCAGUUGGUAGUCUGGAAAUGAAGUUAUCUGAUUUGAAGAGAUCAGUAUCAAAUCUGACUGAAUCUGUGUCCUUUCACUCAUCCAAACUACCAAAGAAAGGUUGGUCCAUAUUCAAUUUCUUAUUAUUGGUUAUCAUGGACAUUACUGUAUCAGAUUUUUCAGUCUACUUGUCAGUUGCAGUGCUUGGGAUACAUUUUGAUUAAAAUAUAGUCAUCAUGACUAUGAUUUGAUCUCUGACACGCUCUUAACCCCUGUCCCUAGAUUAGUCCUAUUAAAGCUCAGUAUUAUAUAAUAGUUAUCUUCAGGUGUCAAGCUCUUCAAAUGUACUGUAUACAGUGUUAGUGUAUCCAUCCGUAUCUCUCCUACUUGUUAAAGGUGAAGUGGGCUGUCCUGAUGGCUGGUAUCUUCACAACUCCAGCUGCUACUUCUUCUCUGCCUACAAGGCAUCAUGGUACACAGCCCGAGACUCCUGUAGGGAUAUGGAUGCCACACUGCUCAUCCUGACUGACGAAGAAGAGUGGGUGCGUCACAGUUACACACACCUAUAGCGUUCAUUACAACUUCUUUGUUCUUUGCAUUUAGUUCAUUUUCAAAGUGGUUCAGUAUAGACGCUGAAGAUUAUUACGGAACUAGUGUAAUUCGGGACUCUGAGGGCUUUACACUGCCCUAUUCAUCAAAUGCAUUUCGACAUUGCUUUAGAAGACCCUGUCCUGACACACUCAUUCCUGCUGUAAUAGGGCUUCGUUAACAGAAUUAGUAAUGGUCGCUACUUUUGGCUUGGCCUGUCAGAUGAGAGGACAGGAGAGUGGGAGUGGGUCAACGGGAGUCCUUACAUCAUGGACCGUAGGCAAGUACAAUUAAGUCAUUAUGAGUGGGACAAAUAUAUAAAUGCUUAAUGUGAUUUCCCUUCUCAUUGUAUGUUGGGUGCUUACUGUAUUUUCACUGUGUGUUUGCAGCAAAUGGGUACCAGGCCAACCUGAUAACUGGGCGGGGCAUUCUAUAGGGGGCACAGAGGACUGUGCCCAUAUCUCCAUUUCUGGGAAACUCAAUGACAACCACUGCACCGUUACCUAUCCAUUCAUCUGCAAAGCCACAACUAAUAAAGCUGAACAUUUCUAGGCUUUAUAAUAAUAUGCCAUUUAGCAGACGCUUUUAUCCAAAGCGACUUAAAGUAAUGUGUGCAUACAUUUUUACAUAUGGGUGGUCCCGGGGAUCGAACCCAUUACCCUGGCGUUACAAGCGCCAUGCUCUACCAAUUGAGCUACAGAGGACCACAUACAUUUUUACGUAUGGGUGGUCCCGGGGAUCGAACCCACUACCCUGGCGUUACAAGCGCCAUGCUCUACCAAUUGAGCUACAGAGGACCACUUUAUGAACACAAAUAUAACAGUAACAGGAUUGGAUUGAAAUCAUACUUAUGAAGAUGUAAAAAUGACCCUUUUAAGCAAGUCCUGUUUUCUAUUUGAUUGUCACAUUUGUGGAUUUCUGAAUACCGAAAUGUAUGGUCUGCUGUAUUUCUAAUCUAACACUCCUAUAUAAAAAUAAAUAUAUAUUUGUAAUUUUUUAGUUUUUAUUGAGGACAUUUUCUUACAAUUCAAGUUUGUUCCAAUUGCACUGAGCCUGUGCUCUGCAGACAUUGAAAAAAAUAAAAAUGCUGAAUCAUCACUUUACAUAAGGGGAUGAGACAGGGAAACUACACAAUGAUUAGAAACAUAAAGAAAAUAUUAUAAUAAAAUGAAUAGUCUAGAAGAAGUCGAUGUCAUCAGGUGCAUCCAGGUCACGAUAUUCAAUGAUGUUGCGUGGAUCUCCCCGGGACAUUCUAAAGGAAACAGACAGGAUGCCGAGCGGAGGGAAACAGCAUAGAUAUGGGAAAGAGUGAAAGAAAAAUGAGGUUUCUAAAUGCAAAUAAGUCAUUAGCAGAAAAGGAGAAGCAAGUUGUGCUAUGUUUGUCCAUAACUGACCAAGGUCUCACCUGUUGUUGCGGGGUUUACCAGGGUAGCCACCACCCUGUCCACGGAAGUUGUCAUAGUUACCCCGGCCGCCUCCGUACUGGUUUGGUGGGUAAGGAGGUCCACCUUGAAGAGAAAGGUACAGUAUGUGUCAUGUCAGAACACCUGAGAGCUGCAACCAAAUUAAUUACAUAGUUGUAAACUGCCUUUGUACAAAAUGUCUCAGGACAAGCGCUGAUGUAAAAAGGACUUAAUCAAUCAAUGUGAUUGAUAAUAUGACAGGAGGUGAGGAGGUAGAGGCUCACCUCCGUAACCCAUGACAGGAGGACGAGGCUGACCGGGCCCGAAGCCCAUGAGGCCCUGAGGAGGGAAGGGCAUGCCUGGAGACAGAACACCUACAGAAAGAUGGAGAGACAAUGACAGAAAGUCAGUGGGAAAAUAAUAUACACAAAAGAUUCAAUGAUACAGCAUCACCUACACCUAAACUAUUCAGAAGCAUUUGAUAUCCGAGGGCCUGUUCAGGAAGAAGUAACGUUACAGAACGUUAAAAUAAAAAUGGGAUGGUGUAGAACAGAUAUGACUGUCUGUCAGAGAGAACAGGGAAUCGUGUCAGCUCUAUUGAUUAUAUUUCUAUGUGCAACGUGUCCCUCACCUUGUCCUGGGCCGAGCGGAGGAGGGGGUUUCAUCUCUGGGAGUGAAGGUCGCUUGGCAUCCAUCAGGAAGUUGUUGAAAAACACCACCUCCCUUUUCACCUCCUCAAUUUUGUCCCCGUGUUUGUUCAGGAUGUGCUUGCGCACAAACUCUGGGCCCUGGCCAGGCAGAGGGAACCAAUUAAUUCACAUUUUAAUCUGCACAACACCAUGGCAAGGGAGAUAAAGACCAGUACAUGCUCAAUACUCUUUAUGUUUCCAAUAUUUACUUCCAUCCUAAUACAGACAGACACACAAACACAAACACAGACAGACACACAAACACACACCUUGAACUUCUUGCCACUGAGGGGGCAGAGCCACUUGUCCUUGCCCAGCUCCUGGGUGUUGGCCAACACAAACUUCUCCACCUCCUGCUCCGGAUCCUUCCGGCCCAUCUUGCCUGCCUCCUCCUCCGAUAGCUUCUCCUUCACACUGAACAGGGGGCUCAGCCUCUCCUCAAAUGUCUUCUGCCACUCCAACACUGGGGGCAUGACAGGGGGAGACAGUCAGUCAAUAGCGUGUCAGUGUAUGAUGCCCAGCCAGUGUUGAAUAUACAGUAGUGUGCUGCUCACCUUCCCCGUGUGCGAUGCGAUUGGGAGGGAUGGGCCCGCGCACAUGGAUCAUGCCACAGCGGUUGGGCAUCUCAUCCUCGCUGGGGUACUCGCAGUUGUUGUAGUAGUCAAUGGAAUGGACAAUACGCAGGUACAACAGAAGACGGUCCAACACCUGGGAAGACAUGAAGAAAAUCAAGUCAACUGUUUAGACAAUUUACUUUGUCCUUUUUAUUUUACCAUUUGACUACCUGUACUUAAGCUUCAGACAAAACCCACGCAGUUCACUGCCUAAAAAGAGCGUGUAAAGCUGCUGUGUAUCUGAGUGUGAGCCAAGGCAGAUGGCCGGACCUUGACCAGCUUGUCGUCCCUUUCCACAGUGAUCUCUGCUGGGUAGCCCUCCUUGGUGCCCUCCUCUGCGUCAGCUCCGCCCACACUGCCCAGUAGCUCCUCCUCCUCAGCGCUCACCUCCUCUAUCAGGUAGUCAGUGAUGUUCUUCAGGAUGGGGUUCUGAGCCGCCACCUGACACAACCACACAAUACAAUAUUAAACAUCCAAGAAACUCAUGAUAUGUAUCGCAAAGAACACCAAUUGCUUUCUCUGUGUGUGUACCUCCACAGCAGACACUGCCUCUCCACGGGCCUUGUGGCUCCACAGCCUGCCUCUGUGGUCCAGGGAGUGGAUGAGUUUGGCUGACAGCUUGAUGUCGUUUCGCAGCACCUGCUUGUGCUGAGUGAUACCAUUGACGUUGCGGACCCUCCGGGCCAGGUCUCUGUUCACCCCCGGGGCCAGCUCACAGUCACGUAGCUACACACAGCAGAGAGGGCACAUACAGGGUCAGAAGGCACUCACUAACCAGCUGUGUGACUCAAGUGCAAUAUCUUGCUCAUCACCGGGUUCCAGUUCCAGAACUACCUAAUUUUGUCUUGAUUACAGAUGUUGUUAAACUCACUCUGAUGUUCUGGAGGUUCCAGCAGGUCUCCUUGAUGUUGACACUACGGUCAAAUGUCACCCAGCAGCGACGGAAGAACCUGACAUUGGAUGGAGAGGUGGUUAGAGGUAUACAAACAUAAAAAUGAAUGACAGAAGUUCAAUUUUUAACAGUCCACUAUAGACCAUUAGCAGCAUGGAGCAGCAGAGGGGGUCAGGCUGUUGGUCUGGUCAGAUGGAAGUGGAACUAACCUGCGCUCUGGUUGGGGAUCAGACAAACACACUCGCAUGAACCCAGGAUAUCUCCGACACAGCUGAGGAGGCAGAAACAACACGUUAGUUCUUCCUCUUGGAUGCCUACAGUCAUUGCGUGUGUGGGUACAGGAGUAUCUAAGUGAGUCCCUUGCAUCAACGUAACUUUUCAUACAGAAAUUCAGAGUGUAAUUCUGACAGGCCAUUCAAGUGUUCAGUAUGAUUGUACAGUCAGAUUGAUUGAACUCACAGCUAUGAUCUCUGCCUUGGAGAUGGUGGGGGCGAUGCUCCUCAUGAAAAGAGAGCAGGUCCUGUGGAGAGGCCGGGGUCUCGGGGGCUGGUCCUCCUUGGGUUUCUUCUCCUCUUCCUUCUCCCUCUCUCUCGCCAUUUCCUUUGGUUUCUCCUCUUUGCUUUUUUUUCUGUCAGCUACACAAUUUGAGGGGUGCAGAGAAGUCAUUACUAGAGACUCUUAAAAAUAUAUUUGAAUACUAUAUUUUUUUUUACAGUGACCCCAUCGCGGUCUUGUUAUCGCUUACCUUCACCCUCUUCUUCCUCAUCUUCAUCCUUGUCCUCCCCUUCCUCAUCCUCACCCUCCUCCCUCUGUGCAGGUUUAUCACAGGAAUGAUGGGAGUUGGAGUCCGAGUCGGAGUCACUCUCAGAGGCACUGGCCUCAUCUUCACUGUCUCCACUGUGCUUCCUCUUCCUCUUCUUACUCAGCUAACACACACGGGAAGGAAAAUAGGUGGUGGUAAGGGUCAAUAGAUCCAUAUCAAUUAGCCCAAAUCCUAACUUGAGAUCUGUCUGUAAGUCCUGUACAAAUUUCCCAUUGUCAUCAAUACAAGAUUACACAAACGUUCUCACAGAUCUCAAGCUAGCAUUCGGCCACUUUAAGAGCACCACAUUCAUUCUAAAGACAGAAAGAGCGAAUAAGACAUGGGUGCUAGACACUAACCUUCUUAGGCUCAGGCACAACCUCUUUGCUUUUCGUCUCUUUUUCUCCUUUCUCCUCUUUCUCUUCUCCCUCACUCCCUCCUGCCUCACCACCACCGUUUGCACCCUUCUCCAUGCUGCAGGCAUCAUUCUCCUCCUGUGGCAGAGUUAGCUUAAAUCAAUGACCAGCUGACAAGAGGACUUCCUGUUCUGAAGGGCAAGGGUAGUGCAGGCCAGGGCAAAGAAAAAGUGGUUACGACAAGAGACAGCAUACCUUCUCUUUGUCAGCUGGGGGUUUGCAGUCAUUGUCCACAUCCUUAUCCUUGGGCUCCUCUUUUUUGGGGGGCUCAGUUCCCGGACCCCCAGCUGCCGUCCUGUCAGCUCGCUCUCUUUCCUCUUCCUCCUCAGACGGCAGCUCCAGGAUGCGCAGGUCAUAAUCUGUCCCUCCCUCCAUCUUUAUCACAGCUUAAGGACAGAGGAAAGGACCGGGUUAGGAUAUAGAACUUGAGGUUACUAAUACUCACCAACAAAUACAAACACUUCACUCCUCCUGACACUGCUUAAAGCUAAGGUUGACAUCAAAGAGAGAGAUGAAUGAAGCCAUUAGAGACCCCUCCCACGACUCUACCUGCAUCCAAGACCUUCAUGAUGGCCUGGGCCUUCUCUAUGUCCAGGGAGACAGUGUCGAACCAGCCGUUCUCCAUUAGGAACAUGUAGACAUUCAGCCGGUUCUGCAGGGCACUGUGGGACUCAGCCUUCCGCCGGCCCGCCUCAUCCGGGUGGUACUUGGAUCGGAACCUGCGUUCACAACAAUGUCCCCAAAAAGGCACGGGAGAGAGACGGGCAGGGAUGGAGUGGAGGAAUGUUAA